UGCCGACGAGCAAGGAAGUACCCGCAGUCUCCGAUAAGGAACCAUGACUAAUUGUCUGGAGCUAUCGUAUGCGGGCUGUUCUUACGGAGAAAUAUUGAUCGCACCACCUGUUCGGUCGCGCACCUGCCACCACGCGCACUUUCAUACCACCACUCGCCCGAACAACACCACUGACCACUACGUCACGCCGGCCGCGCCGAUCGAUACCGCUGAAUCACCAUGCAUAUCACAUCAGGUCUUUCGCCGGCCUCUGGAGAGAUGCUGGACCUCUACAGCGAUCAUGCGGUUCCAGAAUCAUCGCAUACAGUGGAAAUCGAAUAUGUGUACGAGCAGCCAGAUAUGUACGCGUCAGACCUGCCGAGGAAGAGACCGAAGCGGAUCAGAGAAGAGCCGGAGACAGAUUUAACGAAUUUGAACUGGUUGCAGAAUAUAACCAAUAUAAUGUCUAUACCACAAUGUCCGAUAUCACCGGUGACCGCUCCGAAAUCGCAGAGCACGCGGCUAGAGAAGUUCAAUCAGACGAUAACGAAAUGCCAAGAGGAUUUUAUGGCGAAUAGAGAUGAUUACAAGAAUAACAGUGAGAAGAAACCGCCGUACUCCUACAGCACAUUGAUAUGUAUGGCGAUGCGAUAUAACAAUGAUAAAAUGACUUUGUCGGCGAUUUAUUCAUGGAUUCGUGAUAACUUCAAGUAUUAUAGGAACGCCGAUCCUACUUGGCAGAACUCUAUCCGCCACAACUUAUCUCUAAACAAAGUGUUUGUGAAGGAAGCAAGGUCCAAACAAGAGCCUGGAAAGGGUGGAUUUUGGAAACUCGACCUCGCACAUCUAGAAGGCACCAAGCGUAUCUCCAACCGACCUCACAAGAAGAAAAAACAUGAGAAAGACUCAAAAAAUGAAGACAAAGUAGCUGUGGCAAACAUACCUCAAAUGGAUAGUCAGUUACUUGACAUUCACGAUAUUGACCAAGCGGUGACUUUACACCUGCCGGACUUGAGUUUGCCAAUUCCCAUGGAUCUGGAGACGAAUAUUGGAGCAAAUGUCAUAGUGGAACCGGCGAUACCACCUCCAUUGAUCCCUGAUGAUGACCUGUCAUCGUUACUCCUGAACCCAACCGAUUGGGGCGACUUGCAACUUGAUAUGUUUGAUAAUUAUUUGGAUCCUUGUUUCAAGUAAGGUAAUUUAAGCAGAUUGUCGAAAGAAGUCCAAACAGAUUCUGAAGACAUUAGAGACGAAUACCAACCAGUAAUUCUAUAAAGAUUCCGAUUUCCAAUGAUUGAUUCGAUUAAUUAAAAUGUCAUCUAACAAAACUUAGAAAGUAAAAGUUAUUUAAAAUUUGAUGUUGUAAACAUAGAAUUAUUUAUUAAUUUGAUAUUAUAUUAUGAAACGGAAUCAUUAUUGAAGUUACAACAUUGCUAAAAUCAUAAUUUGUGAUUGGUGGAUGGUAUUUUACUCUGUCAACAGUUAACGAUAAAAAGAAUUCUCCUUUAAUUUGUCCAAUUGAAGCAAUUGAAUAUAUUUGCAAUUAAAACUAAUACACGUCUAUCUUCAUAUAUCGUAACUAAUAUCAUUAGGAAAGCGGUUCUAUUAAUUUGCAAGCUGGCGUCAUUUGUGUGAUUAAUAAAUAUAUAUUUUGUGUGACUUGUGUGGUCUACUAAAGUCAUAGUCUAUUUAGUAAAGCCGUAUAGAAUAUGUGCAAAUCUAGUCAUAGAUUAAACAGUUUAUUAUUAAAAACGAAAUUGGUCUGCACUUUGUUGACUUAAGUACUCUUUCACUUCUCUCUGUCAAAUUGUGUUUACGCUAUGCUGUAAAGAGAUAGAUGAGUACAUUAAUUAAUACGGUGCAAUUAGACUAACAUAUUUUAUAUGAAUAAGGGAGUUAAACGUUAGCAAUAAGAUUUGCAAUAUAGCUCUUAAAGCGCUUUUGUUUAGUGUUUGCUCAAAUUACGCUCAGAAAUGAAAAAUAAUCAGUAUUUCACAAAAAUAUUUACAAGUUAAACGGCAAUGUCGUAUGUUGAAAAUAGUGAAUUUUAUAUGGCUCAAAGAAUGUUUAAUUUUUAUUAAAUGAAUAGUUUAACGUAGAUGUAAUGUAAAUGAACAGCGUGUCUUUACCGUCCAGUAUUAAUCUUUAUCCAAGGGUUGUAUAAUUAUAUAACGAGAUUUGUGGAGUGGGCUUUAGCUUACUGCUAUUAAGGUUUGUAUAGGCGUUUAAUAAUUACUUAACAAGAUGCAAAGCAAGGUAGGGUAACUAUACCAUGAGUUUAAUUAACGGUUUUAAUU